AGCUCUUUUGAUUUGAUACUUUUGUGGUACAGGAUGUCCUCGGUAGAGGCUUGUCGUUACUCAGCUCCAGUCUCUGAAAGAACCUGGCCCCACUGUUGCUGAGGAUGUGUUGGUGAGCGCUGAGAACCACUGCUCAAAUUGAAGAAAAUUACGUUCGGUCUGACAGCUGGAUACUUCGUGUCCCUGGGAGGAAGGGCAAAGUGAGCAGCCAGUGACGGUUUGAGAGGAUUCAGUUGGUGUGAUUUGGAAACGGCGCAGUUCUGUGCCAUUCUGACGGAGCCGAGGAAAGGGGGACGAGAGUUAGAGGUGAGGGAAUGCUUUGGUGGAAAUCUGUGAACAUCCAUUGUAGUGAAUUGCUGCAUUGAACAGAAAAAGCAUUUUCGGAAGAAUCUGUGUUCCUGCUGCGAGAGAUUGAAAAGACCUGCCAAAACUACUUGUGAUUUAUUUUACAUAGCAACUUGGAGGCAUCAUGAGUUCCAUAAAAUGUGUUCUCGUGGGUGAUGUAAAAGUGGGGAAAACAGCUUUGCUGGUGAGGUUUACAUCAGAGACUUUCCCAGAUAUGUACAAGCCCACAGUUUAUGACAACACAGGAGUAGAUGUGUUUAUGGAUGGAACACAGAUCAGCCUGGGACUCUGGGACACAUCUGGCAAUGAUUCAUUUCACGGAAUUCGACCACUUUCUUACCAACAGGCUGAUGUGGUGCUAAUUUGCUACUCUGUCGCAAACCCCAUGUCUUACUUGAACGUUAAAAAUAAGUGGAUGCCAGAAGUCAGAAGCUUUUUACCAAAAGUUCCAGUAUUGGUUGUUGCUACACAAAUAGACCAGCGUGACAUAGGCACUUUUCGCACCAUCACGUCUGUUGAUGGGAAGAGGCUGACAAGAGAUAUUGGAGCACGAGGGUAUCUGGAGUGCUCAGCAAUUACUAACAGAGGGGUACAAGAAGUGUUUGAAUGUGGAGUGAGGACAGCUGUCAGAUACAUAAAUAAACAAAACAGGAAGAAGAUCAUCGAUCUCAAUAAAUGUGUGAUAGCCUGACUUUCAUUAGACUGGUAUAGUAAUUUAAAAUAAUUGAAACUUUCCAAUUAGUCAACAAAUACUAGAGGUGUUGUCACCUAAAUGGCUUUCAGCCUGCGUUGAUCAUACAAUAUGGGUAUGAGUUGGCCGUGUUCACUGAUACUACUGUAUCUAUAUCAGUUUCACUGAUACAUUUCGACUGAAGUAAUGAAUCCCAGUCAGGAACGCUAACGGAAAACUGAGGAGGAGGAACUGAUUUCAGCAUUGACUGCAAUGAACUUUUAAGAGUUCAAAAUACAGUGACGUUUAAUCAUUAUGGAAGGAUUGCUGACAUUCUUGUUUUGUGUAUUUAAUUUGAGCUGGGUGCCACCAUCAUGCAAGUUAUUUUAAAGUUGAAAUAUUAAAUAAAACUGUAACCUUGCACCGCUGGUAAAGUGCGCUUAUCUCGGAGAUCCAAGUAAAAGUACAUAGCCAGUACUUUUGAUGACUGUAAUAUUUAAUAAUUUCAUACUUACUUCCAUUUAGUUUUCACUGACGAGAAGCCUGUACAAGUAUUAUGGUAAGGAUCACAUGUAGUUUUGUAGCAAAA